AUCUCGCCAUGACACAGUGGCACUCAGAGUUUCUCUCCCACACUCCUUCAUCCAUUGAAACAGACGACUCUUGGAGAAAUCAUGAGUGCAGUUCUACACUUUGAUUGCUUCUUCGAAACAGAGAAAGAUUGAUUUUUAAAGCAGUAAUUUAAAGUGAAGCUAGGAAAAAAAAAUGGAGUUUUUGUCUCUGUUCUUGCUGGCUUUCAUGCCAGUGCUUCAGGUGUUGCUGGUAGGCCUGGUCGGUGCGUUCCUCGCCUCCGGUUGCCUUAACAUCCUUUCCUCUAGUGCCCGCAACGACAUCAACAAGAUUGCGUUCGUUGUGUUCGUUCCAUCCCUUGUGUUUGCGAGCCUAGCAAAGACGGUCACUGCAAGGGACCUCGUUUCUUGGUGGUUCAUGCCCAUCAACGUUGGGCUCACAUUCUUGAUCGGCGGAGUCCUCGGCUGGGUUGCCGUCAAGAUCCUGAAGCCACAGCGCCACCUGGAGGCCCUCGUCAUCGCCUGUUGCUCUGCAGGUAACUUGGGCACCAUGCCGCUGAUCAUCAUCCCGGCAAUCUGCGACCAAGAUGGCAACCCGUUCGGGGACUCCGAAGUCUGCCAUGUCCGGGGAAUCGCCUACGUUUCCUUUUCAAUGGCGCUCGGAAACUUGUUCAUAUGGACGCAUACUUACAAUCUGAUUAAAAGUUCAUCAAAGUCGGAAAACAACCAAGAACGCGAGGCCUUACUGCUCCUGCCAUCUUCCAGCACUGACUCAAUCAGAAGCAAAUGGAAGGAAACUGCUUAUGCCCUGAUUAAGGAGCUGUUAGCGCCACCGACAACCGCCUCGAUACUCGGCUUCAUUGUCGGCUCGGUGCCAUGGUUGAAGGCACUAUUUGUAGGAGACAAAGCCCCAGCGAAAGUGGUUCAAGACUCCGUGACUUUACUAGGGGAAGGCGCCGUGCCGUGCACAAUCAUCAUUCUCGGAAGCAAUCUAACACAAGGACUGCGCAAGUGUGCGGUGAAGCCAGCGGUGAUUGCAGCGAUCAUCUGCGUGCGUUACGUGAUGCUUCCUCUGUUUGGCAUUGCCGUGGUGAAGGCUGCAGAGCACCAGGGUUUCCUGCCACAAUCUCCACUGUAUCAGUACGUGUUGCUCAUACAGUUUACAUUGCCACCGGCCAUGAGCAUCGGGACAAUGGCGCAGUUAUUUGACCAGUGUAAAGAGGAGUGCUCAGUGAUCUUCCUGUGGACUUAUCUGGCUGCUGCUUUGUCGAUGACUGUUUGGUCCAUGGUGUUCAUGUCAAUGGUGUCGUAGAAUUGCACAGUGUGGAUUGUUUGUUUGUGAUGAUUCCUAGUCUCCUCCAUUUGAUAAACGUGAUUCGACAAGGGGAUGUGAAUUCAUACACAUGUAUCUCAAUAGCCUUGAUUUUUUUUUUAAAAAAAAAUGUGUUGGAUAUAAAUUGAUAUGGAUUGAUGUACUUGGUUAAAAACAAUAUAAGAUGAGACUUAAUUUGGAGCAAAUUUGGAGAACUUGGCUCAUCCAAACUCCAAAAGGUUGAAGAUCUGACACAACAACAAAUGAUCUUAAUCCAAAUAGCUUGUGGCUUUCAGAAUAAA